AUGGCUGCCACAGCUUCAACUCUGAAGCCGCCCUCUGGUGAAACCCUCAGAUCAUACCCGUUCGGAAAAAUCGAACCAAAUUCGACCAAGUACUUUGCCUCAUGCAUGCUCGGUGGUAUUAUCGCGUGCGGGCCGACUCAUACCCUUGUCACACCCCUUGAUCUUGUCAAAACCCGCCGUCAGGUCGAUCCUAAGAUUUAUUCGUCCAACUUCUCCGCCUGGCGCUCGAUUUUUGCCAACGAAGGCCUCCGCGGCGUCUUCUUCGGCUGGACUCCGACCUUUGUGGGCUACAGUUUCCAGGGCAUGGGUAAGUACGGCUUCUACGAAGUUUUCAAGCACGAGUUCGGCGACAAUCUCUUCCCCAAUACCAACCGUACGAUCGUCUACCUGGGUGCCAGCGCCAGUGCCGAAUUCAUCGCAGAUAUUCUCUUGUGCCCGUGGGAGGCAAUCAAAGUGCGUAUGCAGACGACUCUCCCACCAUAUGCCAACAACCUGCGUGAAGGUUGGAGCAGGGUGGUUGCCAAAGAAGGCAUUGCCGGGUUGUACAAGGGCAUCACACCUCUUUGGGGUCGUCAAAUCCCGUAUACCAUGUGCAAGUUCGCCACCUUCGAGGAAACCGUCCACUACAUCUACAAGCAGCUGGGUAAGCCCAAGGAGAACUAUAAUAAACUCCAACAGACCGGGGUGAGUUUCCUGGGUGGAUACAUUGCCGGGGUUGCCUGCGCCGUCGUCAGUCAUCCCGCAGAUGUCAUGGUCAGUAAAUUGAACUCGGAUCGAAAAGCCGGAGAAUCCGCCGGCAAGGCUAUGGGCAGAAUCUACGGUAAUAUCGGUUUUACAGGUCUCUGGAAUGGUCUAUCCGUGAGAAUCGUCAUGAUUGGAACCCUGACUGCUUUCCAAUGGCUCCUUUACGAUUCCUUCAAAGUCUAUCUCGGCUUGCCCACGACUGGCGGUCACUAG